AAUAAUUUAAAAAAGAAUUUUAUUAUAAAUAAUGUUAAAUACAAUUAAAAUAGUAUUUUUAGCAUUUAUUGCAAUUUCGUCAAUAGAGAGCAAUGAUUUAAAUAAACGAUUGGAUUGUUAUCUCGAAAAUGACUUUGUGUUCAGCAAAAGUGAAUGUGAAAAAAGGGAUUGUAUUUGGGAUUUAAAUCAUAAGCCGUCAGAUCCGAGCCCUCAAUGCUAUUUGAAUACAGAGAAAAUUGGCUAUAAUUUGAAUGGAAAUGUCAUCAAAACUGAUAGAAGUCUUGAAGUGGAUCUCAAACUGAAAGACACGGCCAAAAAACUAUUGACAUCAUUAAAACAAAUCGAGAGUUUACGGCUUAAAGUGGAUUAUAUAUCAGAAAAUAUAUUAAGGUUCAAAAUAUUUGACCCGAAAAUAAACAGAUAUGAAGUUCCCAUUCAAAACACAUUCCCAUUAUUAAAGGAUCCGCCAGUUUUUGAUCCAAAUUUAUCUAAAUAUACGAUUAAAUUAAAUAAUAGUCAAAAUGGUAUUAAUUUCUCGGUUAUUAGAAAGAGCUCUAAUGCAAGUCUCUUUGACACAUCUAUCGGUGGCCUUAUAUUCAGUGACCAAUUGUUGCAAAUCUCCACAUAUUUGCCCACAAAACACAUCUAUGGCUUCGGCGAGAAUACACACCAUUCACUCAAACAUAAUAUCAAUUACAAGACUUGGAAUCUAUUCGCUCGAGGAAUACCACCAAAUGAUGGAAUCAUUAAUCUCUAUGGCGUUCAUCCCUUCUAUACGGGUCUGGAAAGUGACGGCAAAUCUCACGGAAUUCUGUUUCUCAACAGUAAUGCUAUGGAGUACACACUAAUGCCAGAGCCGGCGCUUUCACUCAAAACAUUGGGCGGAGUCUUAGACUUCUUCGUGUUUGUCGGCGAGAAUCCCGAAGAAGACGUGAUGUACGCAGACAUCGAUUACAUGUCUAAAUAUCAAGACUUUUCAUACAAUGAGACGGAUUUCAAAGAUUUGCCACAAUUGAUAUCAUCGCUGAAAAAUGAUCACAACAUUCACACCACUCUAAUCCUGGAUCCGGCCAUUCAGGGCAAUGACAGCGCAUAUAAUGCUUUUCAAGACGGCUAUCAAAACGAUAUAUUCAUAAAAUGGCCGAAAUAUGUGAAGGAAAAAGAUCGCAGAAAUCCAGCCGAUGUAAAAACAGACACAGAUAUUCUAUAUGGUAAAGUAUGGCCACAUGGCCCUGCUGCUUUUCCAGACUUUUUCAAAUCAGCAACUCAUAAAUGGUGGUCAAAAUGGAUUCAAUACAUGCGUAAAGAUCUGAAUCUGGAGUUUGACUCCCUUUGGAUCGAUAUGAACGAACCGUACGAUUUUGGGUUUGAUGAAAAAUCUCAUGAUUAUUGUCCAUACAAUCUGUUGGAUAACCCGAAAGCUAGAAUACAGUCAAUAUACGGUUCGUCACAAAACUACACCAAACUAUCUGAUGGCACGAUAUGUAUGUGUAGUAUUCAGGGAGAGAACGGCGAAUACAAUCACUCCGAUGUCCACUCCCUCUAUGGUCUCACCGAAAGUAUUGCAACACAAAAAACUGUUCGCGAAAUAACGGGAAAGAGAGGUUACGUACUCUCGCGGUCGACGUACGUGUCUUCGGGCAGAUAUACGGCCCACUGGUUGGGCGACAAUAUCGCCGAAUGGUCUCAAAUGCGGGACUCAAUUAUCGGUGUUUUGGAGUUUAACUUAUUUGGCAUUAAUUUUGUGGGCGCAGAUAUCUGUGGUUUCUUCAACGAGACAACACCCGAGUUGUGUCGCCGAUGGUUACAAUUGGGAGCGUUUUAUACGUUUAGUCGAAGUCAUAACGAAAUCAAUCCAUCAGAUCAGGACCCGGCUGUUUGGAUAGAGAGAGGUCACCCGGAAGUGACCAACGCUGCCAUUAAUGCCCUGAAUCUACGGUACACUCUAUUGCCGUAUUUAUAUACUCUGUUUUAUAGAAGUCAUACAAUGGGACAAACAGUGGCCCGACCUCUAGUUCAUGAGUUCCCGACCGAUACUAACACUUAUGAAAUACAGGAGCAGUUUAUGUGGGGAAGAGAUCUACUCAUCUCUCCAUUUCUUCACGAAAAUCAAACAGAAGUUUCAGCAUAUCUUCCAAAUGAUAUUUGGUAUGAAUUGUUACCACAAAUAGUAAAAGUGAAACAAACGGGACAUAUAGUGAUCAAAGAAAAGAGUCCAACGGAUCCGCCGCCCGUCCAUCUCAAAGGCGGAUCUAUUAUACCGAUGAGUGUCUCUUCGGUUCACAUCAACACAAAUACUGUCAGACAAUCGGCCAUUAAUUUGGUUGUAUUACCGGACGUCAAGUCCGAGGGUUUGGGAGACCUGUAUUGGGACGACGGAGAGUCUAUCGAUACGAUUGAAAACGGAAACUAUAAUUACUAUUCGUUUAAAUUGUUGUCCAACUCUUCACUCGUAUUGAAAGCCAAACACAAUAACUAUACGAAUGCACCAAAAGUAGAGGAAAUACGAGUUUACGGCACAAAAGGGACUGAAGUUUUGGCAACACUCGAUGGCCAACCCGUCAGUGCUCUCAUCGAUAGAGACGACGGCUCCACAAGAAUUCGCAUUCAACUUAAUCUAAACAGCAAAAAGAGUGGCGACCAAUGGGUUGUCAAUUGGAUCCACAAUUAA